GGUGGACAGCAGUUUCCAUCUCGCUUAGGUCGUAUCAACAGCUUCAGCGGGAGUGCAGCAUAUGAGCUUGACACGUCAACCACAUUGCCACGAGUGCCCUUGGGUCACGAAGCAGAUGUGAAUUUCAAGGAAGAACAGGCCUUUUCCCCAUAUCACAUUCAUUGAAUUCGUCUCAUGUCUCCCUGGUUCAGUGAUUUCAAUAAAUCAUUGCCAACAUUUCCGUGCUACUCGAGACGUUAUGCUCUGUACUCUGCUGCAAGUCUUAGUGGUACGUAUUCUCCAGCCUCCCUAACCAGGCCGUCAGCCUUGAUUCUCAAGCCGAUUGAAAAACUAACUUGA